AAUAAAAAAAUAUUUAUAAACACUAUGACUUUGUUUAAAAAUGUAUUUUUAAUUAAAUUAGACUAAAUGAUGAUAUUUGACACAUUUGUUUGUUGUACGAGAGUAGACGGGCAGCAAGCAGCAUGGACGGACAUGAUUGAAACGAUUAAUUACAUAUAAAAAAUGUCAAUACAAACAAAAUUAAAUUCAUUUGAAAAAAGACUGGUGGAUCUUAAAAACGUUACGGCCGCUUAACGACGUUGACACUUUUGAUUCUUUACCAUUUACCAACAUUUAAUUGCGGGGUGUCUGAAAAUCGAUUUCGCUUAAAAAUUUUCCACAGUUUAAAUGAAACUUUAAACGGCACGAAACCUUAAAGUUUAAAUUUAUAAAGAAAAAAAAUUCCAAUUGCAUUUCUAGAGAAAAUUUCAUAUAGAAAAUAAAUUUAUAAUAAAAUAAAAUUGUGUCUUAAUAAAUAAGAAACAAAGUUGUUUAUUACAAAAAUGCAAUUAACUGGCAAUUGUUGUAAUAAUUUGUGCAGUGAAUUUAAAUUAAAGAAUUUUGGUUUCGAUCACGAUCAUCAAGAUCAAUUUUAUCGAUCACAGUGGCAAAGUGGCGAGAGAAGCUGGUUAUUUUUAUUUUAUCGCUGGAUAUGGGCGCUCUUUUUUAUGGUUGUCUUUUUAGUCUGCUUAAUUUUACAAUUUUCCGAAGGCAAAUAUUUUAUUUUCUUAACAAAUUGGGGCAUUAUACUGUGUCUUCUAACACAACUAUUGGCCGCCAUUCUGGUGACACGUUGGCACUUUGAUUUGGAUGCUGUGAGAUCGGAUCAGUGUGAAGGUCAUGGCAGAGACAGGAGGAGAUCACCGCUACUUAUUAAAUGUUACUGGCUGUUACAUGAUGUUGCAUUGCCGCUGGCUUUGGUCAUUACCACGAUCUAUUGGACGUUUCUGCAUGGGAAAAUGAAUAAACCUACACGAUUUCCCAUCAUUAGUUUCGUAACACACUGCCUCAAUUCCGUGUUUAUGCUGGUGGAUUUUCUGAUUGUUGCAUUUCCGGUGCGACUGUUGCACACCCUCUAUGCCAUGCUGUUGGCCAUCGUUUUUUGCUUCUUUACGGUGAUUUAUUAUUUCUGUGGCGGCACUGACGAGUAUGGGAAUCAUUUCGUAUAUCCACUAUUGGAUUGGACAAUACCCGUCCGUGGUGUAGUGACAUUUGUUGGCGUAUUCGGUUUAUAUUGUAUUUAUUCGAUUCUAUUGUUUGUUGUAUUCAAACUAAAGUGUUUCUUACAUCGUUCGUUGAGUGUCGUCUGGUCACCUCAUUGUGUUGGUUUAAUUUAAUCAUCAUUAUUCGCCGGCAACGUCAUCAUGAUCAUCAUCGACAGGCGGGCAGCAUAUUAUUCAUUGUUAUUGUCAUCACAAGAUUUUUUUUAAAAAAUACAUACCAUUUAUUAUUAUUAUUAUUUUUACAUGCACAUUUUCAUAGUAAUUUGAUGUUCGGUAGAACUUACACAAUUUCCAUUUGUAGAUAAAAAAAACAAACAGUUAAAACUGUUUUAUGAUCAGCAAUGAAUUUAAAUAUUGAGCAUGAAAACAAUGAUAGUAGCUUCGUUUUUUCCCAUUGAAUUUGAAUAAGAAAAAUGAGAAAAGGGGAAAAACUCCAGAGGAAUUUUUAUUCAUAAUUGGGCUGAAUGUAUUUCCUUGCAAAAAACUCGCGAUUAAUUUAAUUUACAUUCAAGGGAACUUACAAUUCAUUAGAACUAUUAGUAUGAAAUUAAAACUAAAUUCAAAAUACGAUCAAUUUGACCUAUUCCCUUACUUCUUUCAUAAUAUUUGGUUGGAAUUAUUAUUUAUGAUCUUUAUUACAAACAAAAUGGAAAUGGUGUAUUUUUUUCAUUAUUAUUUUACAUAUUUGUAUCUUUUUUUGCCAAAUCAUAUUCAUAUAAUUAGUAACUAGUACGAGAUGUAGUAAAAUUACAUGAACAUACAAUAUUUAUGUUUAUUUUGUUCCUUAAACUACUAAAUGCAAUUAAUAUUUUUUAACAAUAAAAAUAAUUUUAUAGAAUCAAAUAAAUAUUUAA